AACUGACGGAAGCGGAAGGGAGAUCGACGUAUAUCCGCCGACCAAUACCGACGUAGGGGGAGGAGGAGGAGGACGAGAGGAGAGCCAAGCCGAGUCGCGUUGGGCUAGGUCAGGUCUACCCGAGUUCCACACACACCGCGCUCUCUUGCGUGUGCCAUCCCGCCGAGGAGAACCACACGAAGGCGGAGGCGCAACCCCUUCGCGAGGGAGAGGACCGCCGCGGAUUCCCGGUUUUUCCGCGAGUGGCUUCUCCGGAAGCGCUCGACAUUUUUCGAAAAGAAAAAAAAAGGAGGUAAUUUGCGCGUUCGCGUUCGCCAGGUACGCGUCUUGACAGCGGGAGAUCGGUGCCGAAGAGUGUGAUCGCUUGGGAAAGCCGGUGACAGUGCGCGUCGUCGGAUGACACUUCGAGAGGGAUAACACGAGAGAGAGAGAGAGAGAGAUACCCUGAUCGGUAGUGAAUAAUCGCUAGUGUUGACGCGUGUGUGUUUGAGUCUUGAGCCGAAAUCGAUUUGCACCCGAGAAAGGUGGAGGAAGUAAAAGAAAAGUGAGAAACGCGACUUCCCCUAGGAGGUGACUCCGAUCGUCGAUUCGCUCGGUGGCGGCGGCGGCAGCGGCGGCGACGGCGGCGAGAAUUGGCAUUGUUGACAAACAAGGAGCGCGACGGCGACACGGACAAGGAAAUGUCGGGCGAUCGGUGGGAAUCGAUUGCAAUUCCCUUUUUCCGAUGUCCUGAUAAUCGAUAAGCGUCGUCGGCGCGCGUAGGUGGCCGCGUAGGGACCGCCUAGGCAGCGAGAGCCGGGGCAGCGAUCGGCCUUACCGACGUAAUUUCUCGCCCUCGUCCUCCGUGCAACCCCCUUCGGCGCGAUCAGAUCGAGCUGGAUAAAUGUUGAGGGUAAACGGCGCCCUGCGUCGCCCGCUAGCGCGAGGCCAGGAGGAUCGGGCCCUAAGUGCAACCGGGGCCGGCGCGAUGCCGGUCUCCCUGAGGAACCACAGGAUCACGUAAAGGGCGGCCGCCGGCCCGCAACGAUUUUGAGCCCUUCGCACCGCGCACGCACGGUCGCGCAACGGCGAAGGGAUCGCGACAGGAGAGGGUGUUCUCCGAGUGAGCCAGGGUGGUGAACCUACAUGCAUCUCCACCUCGAAGAACAACACUAUCGUCGUCGAGUUUAUCUGCCAACAUCCGAAAGCCGUGAGUACUAUAAGCCCGGCUCGCGCAACGUUAACGCGUACUGCAAACUAUGAGGAAGAGAAUACAUUUGGCGUUCGUCAAGUUUCAAUGCUGUAAGAGAGUCGGUGUGAGGGCCCAAAAGAAAAAUACCGAUUUUCGAGUAGUCCUUUGCUAUUCUGGAGUCUAAAGUGCGAAAAAUACGGGGAUGCACGCAGCCGACACCGCCGCCUCGGAACUAACAGUGCGAAGGAUGGAGGCCAGCGAGUGGGAUCACACGACCUUGAGGGAGGAAGAAUUCGAGCAGCAUGCCGUAUAUUUGGUACCGGAUGUGUCGGCAUCGCCGGGCGAUACAAAUCGUGCGGAGGCAUCCUUGCCACGGAACCUGGUCCUUAAACCCUCUCAGGCCCUCAACGAUGUGUUGGGUGUGUGGAGCACCGGUUACAUCCCCAAAGGGACACGUUUCGGCCCUCUGGUCGGCCAGGUGUACACGAAGGAUUCGGUACCGGCGGACGCGAACCGGAAGUAUUUCUGGCGGGUAUACAAGAACAACGAGCUGUUCUAUUACAUCGACGGUUAUGACGUCCAGAAAUCGAAUUGGAUGCGUUACGUGAAUCCCGCCUACUCGUCCGAAUCGCAAAACCUAAUAGCAUGCCAGUAUAAGAUGAACAUUUAUUUUUACACGAUCAAGCCGAUAUUACCGCAUCAAGAGUUGCUGGUUUGGUACUGCAGGGAAUUCGCGGAAAGGCUCAAUUAUCCGCUCACCGGAGAGCUGAUGCUUCAGAGAAUACGACAACAAGUACAACAAUCAACGCUACCAACGGAAAUUUCGCCCGCCGUCGACGUGAUAUCGCCACUGAAAGACUCGUCGAUCUACGAGAGGCGUCAGAUGACGCCAACGGAUGGUUCUGUGAGGUCAGACGAGGGUUAUCAUUCAAACGGCUAUCACGACGAGAUCCUGACACCACCUGAGGAAAGCAGUGAGUCCGACAGUGAGAACAAUUACGUGCUGGAUUUUAGUAAGAAUGCCAAAUCGUCGGUGUGCAACGACGAGAUUCUAAAGCAAGACAACACUGCAGCGAAGAACGAAUACAGAAAAGUGAAGAUUAAGAUCUCCAAGACCUACGGUAACUUCCAGACGACGAAAUGUAUAGCCGACGGCCCAACGAAGGACAAAGACCAGGAGUUGUCCAGUCGGGCAAUCACCCCGGAACUCCAGAAACCGGUAUCACCUAUCAUCCUGCAGAAGAGUACGGUGCUGUCGACCGUGACAGAGGAUGAGAUAUCCGACAAGAACACGAAACUCUUCUAUGAGCCGGAGGUCAAGAGUGGUCAUAUGCCGAUGUCUGGCAGGCCCGCUUACCUAGCCAACCCCAGUAGUUCUAUCCUGGAGAACAUUCUGCUGCGCAACAGCACAGACAACAAUAACAACAGCCACCAUCAGCAUCACAAUGGCGGCUCGCAACAGCACCAUCACCAUCAUCAGGUGCACCAUCAGACUCACGUAGACUCAGUGACGCCGCCACCCUCCAGCCCCACCGAGAUGGCGUAUUCUUACAAAAAGUCCCAUCGUUACGGAAAUAUUUUGCCCUGCAGCCCGGACUCCAGCUCAAACUUGCCCUUACAAACAGACUCGUGCGUGAACUCGACCAGCGGCAACGGUGGCGCGCUACCUAGCAUGCAGAGCCCCACUGGCAAUCUGCACUCCAGCACAGGAGGUCCGCAUUCGAGCACCGGCGGAAGCAACAGCAGUCUGCCGCCGCACCCCGGAAGUUUGCACUCGUCCAGCAACGCCGGCGGCAGCAUACAUUCCAGCACGAGCGUACUCUCGUCCAGCACGAUGCUGACGUCCAGCAGCAGCCCGCAUUUGGCGUCUACGACGGCGAACGGUUGUCCGCCCAAGCGGAAGACCAAGUCGCCGUCGCCGUCGUCGAGUCAGAACGGAGUACCCACCCCGACCACGAUACUUUACUCCGGCAGCUCAGGGGCCACCGGUUGUCAAAUCGAAUCUGCCAGUCCAGUUUACCCGAAUUCCGCCGGCAGCAGUAGCAGCAGCAGCAGCAGCAAUCAGAGCGUCUCGCCAAUUUCGCCGAUUCAAUCGCCCUCGUCCUACAGUCCGUACGGUAGUCUGUACGGUCACCAAAACGGCUCGUUGCACCACAACAUGGGCACGUCAUUGUCUAUCAAUUGCAACGCCUAUUCGCCCACGCCAAGCGGCAAUGUCGUCUACGAGAGGACCACGGACGGCAGGCGGCUGGAGGCCACCAGCAGCGGCGGCCAUCAGCUACCCACCUCGUCGACCAUGCAAAUCGACAGUAACCAAGCGUUGAUCACUGGCACGCACAAUCUCCACCUCGGCCACCAUCCAGGUCUCACCAUUCACCCCAACUCCUCGUCGUCUCUCAACAGAUACUCGCCGAGCUCCUUGUCGCCGGACGACCACGGUUGUUCCCAGAGCGGCUCCCUCAGCCCCAACUCUCAGGGCUCGAGGGGCUAUAGGUCGCUACCUUAUCCGCUCAAGAAGAAGGACGGCAAGAUGCAUUACGAGUGCAACGUCUGCUGCAAAACCUUCGGUCAGCUAUCGAAUCUCAAGGUACACCUGAGGACGCACUCCGGCGAGAGACCCUUCAAGUGCAAUGUUUGCACCAAGAGCUUCACACAACUCGCGCACCUUCAGAAGCAUCAUCUCGUGCAUACCGGUGAAAAGCCGCACCAAUGCGAGAUAUGCAAGAAGAGGUUCAGUUCGACCUCGAAUCUAAAAACCCACCUUAGACUGCACUCCGGUCAAAAACCGUACGCCUGCGACCUUUGCCCCGCCAAGUUCACCCAAUUCGUUCAUUUGAAGCUGCACAAGAGGUUGCACACUAACGAACGUCCCUACACCUGCCAGGGUUGCGACAAAAAGUACAUUAGCGCGAGCGGCCUCAGGACCCACUGGAAGACAACGAGCUGCAGACCAAACAACAUCGAGGACGAGCUCGCGCUUGCCGCGGCCGUGGGUUCGCCGACGUAUUACGAGUACGGUCCUGACAUGAAUGUUGGAAAUAUGCCCAAGGAAUGCGAGUUGGAGCACAUCGAUAAUUACGACAGGCAUGGAUCGACGCAUGGUCCGCACUCCACGUCGCUUCACAAUUUGGAAAAUUCCGUGGGCCGGCCGAGCGUCAUAGAAACAUCUCAGCCACACAUUAUCGAGUGUACAUAAGUACAUUACAUAAUAUUAUGUACAUAAGUACGUAAGUCGCAUGAUGGGGUAUGAGCCUCCUUCCGCUCGGGCGCAAAAUGCAAUCGUGGAAACGUAAGAGAGUUGCUCGUGGCUGACUAGAAAAGAGAAUGGAGAUGGGAGCUUUCCCUCUUUGAAAUGGCAGUCAAGAACAGAGCUUUCGCAUAUAAUGUCGCGCGCGAAAUCUUUGCAAGCUUUCCUUCCUGAUUUCGAUGAAAUUAUUGUACAUUUUUAAAACAAUAAAAUAACUCUUU